GCGCGCCACCGUAAUGGUCUUCACCACGUUUAUAUGGGAGUUAAAGGGCCCUGAGCUGUGCAGCAGCUGUAGGGGAAGGGGAGACGUGCCGGCAGUUGUAAUUUUUGAACUGGUAAGUAACGUGAACAAAUUAGAUUGCGGAUUUGUUUUCAUAUCAGGUCCUUUUAAGGAGUCACAGGGAAUCUUGGUUUAAGAUAUUAUUGUUAUUUGGAAUUGGAGCGUGCAAUGACUGAGGUUAUGUUUAAGAAAACGGGAAGCAUUCCAGGGGGUAUCUGUAGCGUUUAUUUUUAAAUCUCGUUAAAGUUAAUACGGCUUUCUCUAUUCCAUUGAUUUGUAGUUUCAAGAAAAUUUUUAACCCAUUAGGGCAAUUAUCCGUUAGAAGAAUUCCCAAAGGAAACUUGUGAGACUCAAGAAGACGAAGCAACUAUGCCUGUUAAAAAGGGCGUUAAGAGAUCGAGGGCUGCUACAACUGGUGGUAGUGGUGGUAAAAGACCCAAAUUGAUUGUAUCUUCUCCUGGUGUCACAAGAACCAAAGAAGCUGGUAUUGUUUUAACAUUUGGACAAGGCGAUGUUGGUCAGCUUGGAUUGGGUGAAGACAUUAUGGAAAGAAUGCGACCUGCUUUGGUUCCCUUGUUGAAGGACAUUGUGGAUGUUAUCACAUUUGGCUGUAAUGAUGAAGGAGGUCUUGGCAGAGAAACCUCUGAGGAAGGUUCUGAAUUCAAGCCUGGAAAAGUGGAAUUGGUUGGAAAGGCAAUUCAGAUUACAGCUGGCGAUUCUCAUUCUGCUGUACUUCUUGAUGAUGGUAGAGUGUUUGCUUGGGGUUCUUUCAGAGAUUCUGUUGGUGCGAUGGGUUUGACCUUGAACGGAAUUGAGAAGUCCCCUGUUGAAAUACUCCCAGGAUUCACUGUCGUCAAAAUUGCUUCUGGCUCUGAUCAUCUGGUUAUGCUAACCAAUGAAGGACAGCUCUUCACUUGCGGUUGCGGAGAGCAGGGCCAGUUGGGUCGCAUUCCAGAGCGAGGAGCAAAUCGCAAAGCACGGCAGGGCCUGACUCACUUGCUGAAACCUGAAGUUGUUAAAUUUAAACCAAGAUUAAAGCCAGUUUUUGAAGAUGUAUGGGCUGGAAGUUAUUGUACUUUUGCAAAGGAAAGACUGAAUGGACAAAUAUAUGUUUUUGGAUUAAAUAAUCAUAAUCAAUUAGGUUUCAAAAAUGAUGGCGAGCAAAGUUUACUCUAUUCUCUUGGGCGAAAGGAAUAUGGUCGCCUUGGUCUUGGUGAGUUAUGUCCUGAUGCAGAAGCUCCUGUUCUAAUCCCUGCUUUAAAGGAUAAAAAGUGUGUCGAUAUUGCUUGUGGAACAUCUGUAUCAUUUGCAGUUACUGAUAAAGGUGAAGCAUUUGCCUGGGGCAUGGGAACUAGCGGCCAAUUGGGAACAGGUGAUGAAGCUGAUGUGUACGAGCCCCACUUGAUAGGAGGCAAGCAACUAGAAAAUCGAAAAGUGGUUCAAGUAUCAGCUGGUGGACAACACACAGUGCUACUUGCCACCAACUCUGAAGGAAAUAGUUCAUAACAGACUUAAUAUUAUGUGUUUAGUGGUAGCAAAAGCAAUAAAAGUGUAAUUCAUUGAGUGGAUGAUGAAAUAUUUGACUUGUGCAUGUAUACCAAAUGAGUGACUGCAGCUGGCCUGUUAUUUAUUUGUACAUAUUUUUCAAAUUGUUGUCAAGAAAUAUUGAGUAUUGUUUGACAGCUUGGUUAAAGUGCCAUAUGUGACAAUAUUCCUUCUUGUUUGCAAAGUUAAAAUGUAAAAAUAAGGUCCUGCAUAAGCACUGCUAUUGGGCACAUGCUGUGAAAAUUUAAUUGUUAUUAUCAACUAGUUUCUUUCUUUGCUACCAUGAGUGUGGAAUCCCAUUUUAUUUUGUUUUAAAUAAUUAUAAUAUAGUGGUGCACCUGGUAUGUUUGUGUAUUAAAGAAAAAAAAGAAAACUAUUUCUUUACUUCAAGUUUUUAUGAUUUCAUACUUUGGUGUAUGAAGACUGUAUAAUUAUUUUGAUAAGAAUGUGUGUUUUCAAAUGGUUUUCCAAUAGGUUUUUUCCAACAUCCCUUCUUUAAUAUCCUUUUCCUAAGGUAACUAUUUUACAAUUACUGCAAAAGGCUGCAUAACUUAACCUUGAAAGUGAAUGACAGUAUUUACACUGAAAUAAGUUACUGUUUUUUUUUUUUGUUUUGUUUUUAUGUAGGUAAAUAAGCACAUAUCAGUGUUGAUAUUGUUUGUAAUAAUAUGAAAUAAUGAAAUUCAUUGACUUCUGAGUGUUGCCUAUACUUUUAAAUGUUUGUUUAUAUCAAUUUCUGUUAUUCUCUGUGACCAUAAUAAACAUUAAGUAGUAUAUUACGAAGAGAGAAUAAUACAAGUUACUCCUGUUUGUCGAAAACCACUCGGGUAAUAAAUAUGUCCUUAUAUACAAACUUAUUAAUUUAAAAUUAUUUCCAAGAAUAACUUAUCCGUAUUAACAAAAGAGUUCACAUUUUGAGAUGCUUUGUAUGUAGGCAGAUUAGUAUUUCAGAAUUUCUUAUAGGUAAUAUUCAGGGGCGGAUCCAGAGACGAAUUUUGGGAGAAAAAAUUAAUGUUUUUAUCAAAUUUUAUAUGAAUUUUUUGUAAAACGUCGCAGCCUACACUCGGCUCAUGCUGUGAUAACGUUUUAUUUGUUUUAAUGAUAAUCUGAGAAUAUUUUUGCUUGAAAGUUUCGUGAGAAGUUAAAAUUUAUAGUUACUGAAAAUUUUAGCAGUGAAAUUUCUCAUAUCCCUCCACUCGCACACACACUUGGAUCUGUGCCUGUAAUAUUGUAGCUAAGUCAAAUUGCUUGGUAAAAGGCCAUCUUGAAUGUUGUAUAUUGUUUGCAAUAAAUAUACUGCAUCAUUUUGGGGGAAAUGCAUGAAUUAUAUAUACCUUCAUUUAAUUUCAACUUUUCAAAAUAGAAAUGAAAAUGCAUAUUAGUAAACAUGGCCAAUUUUUUUGUAAUGAAAGUGUAUAUGUUGAAACAUCCCAAACACAGGAUUGAAUGGCAAACAUGUAAUUGUGUUAGCAGUUUAGAAUCAAAAUGAAUACAAACUCAUUACAGAUGCAAGUGUCAGCAGCUGUUUAGAGGGCAUCCAUAAAUUACUUAUUGCAUAUUUGGAGUAUUUUGUAUAGCCUGUCACCCCCACAUGUUUGAACACCCUCCCCUAAAUAAUUAUGUAAUGUUUUUGACAACAUACCCCAUUUUCAAGAAGUAAAAAUAUAUUUUGUAUCGACAAAAAAAUCUUUAUUAAUUUUUUUUUGUUUUUGUGUUUUGUAUUAAAAUUGAUGUAACAGAUUGUAAUUGCUGUGGAUUUAGAGGCCUGAAAAACUGUAGAAAUUGGCAUUUAAAAAGGCAUUACAAAUUUUUCUUGUAAUAAUAUACUUGUGUAGAACGUUUUCAAAGUAAACAAUGUAGUUACC